GGCAGCAGCAGAUGCGGGUCUUAUUUGUUCUCCAGCAGGAGGGCGUUCCGCUCACAAACACAAAUACAGAGUGGUGAAUUAUGCUCCACAUGCAGAUACUGUACAUGUUUGUUUCUCCAGACUCUGUGUAGCUCCAGGACCGGGCCUCGCUGUGCAGCUUCGCCGUCCUCAGGGUGUCAAAGCCGGGGAAAAGGCUUCCGAGGAGGCCGGCCUCAGACAUGGAGGCUCUGCAGAGGAAAGAGCUGUAGGACGGGUUUCCUAGCAUGGACCCUGCUCCCAUCGGAGGGGAUAUGUCACCUCUGUAUGUGCCGAGGAAGAGGAGAUCAGUCCAGUCCCAGCCUAAAAGUGGAGUGCCAUGUCCAGUAGUUGUUCAGCGAAUACCUGAAAGACCCUGUGACUUAAAUUCAGCUGGAUAUCCCAAGAAUGACGAGUCUGAAGCCAUGGACGCUCUAAAGAUGAAGAGAACCUACGGUAGAAAAAGGUACGAGGACCUGCAGAGUGUUCCCAUAGGAGCAGUAGAUUACCCAACCACCAGCUGCUCCGUUGUGAUGUCAUCGGGGGGUCUGGCCAAUGGGGCGGACCCAGACUCCUUGGCCCCGCCCGAUGCCAGGCUGCCUCCGAGACUUUCUGCAUGGCCCCAAGGUCCUGAAACCAGCAGGGGGCCGAAUCAGGACCAGGUCUGGAGCCAGGACCAGGUCUGGAGCUCUGGAAGGGACAGACUGGGACACUCGAGCCAGGACCAGGUCUGGAUGCCGGGUCGGGACAGGGUUCAGGAUCAGGGCUGGAGCGCAGGAAGAGAGCGAGGACCCUCGGAGGAUCAGAGCUGGGGACCGGGCCGGAGCCAAGACCCCCCCUGGAACCACACGAGAGGAGACAGAGGGCCCGUCUGGAGACCCGACUUGAACAUGAAGAAAGUCCUGAGAGUGGAGAUGGAGCGAAGUCCUCCGGUCAAUAACUUCUCACCGCCGUCAGAGGGCAGAGACUCCUGUUCAGAAGCAGCCAGUGUUGAUGAGGUUCCGACGGUUCAGCCGAGUGAGGAUCAGAAACCCCCCCCCACCAAGAAGGAGCCCCCCACCUACCCUCCAGGAAGUCCAGAGGAGUACUGGCAGCUGCAGAUCGUGGCCAAAGGCAGAGUGACCUGUCCGAAGUGUAAGAGUGUGAGCAGGAAGACGGUGGAGGGGCUGAAGAAGCACAUGGAGAACUGCAGACUGCAACCGUUCACUUGUCAGCACUGUGGGAAACAGCUGAAGUCUUCAACAGGGAUGAAGUAUCACGUCAUGGCCGACCACAGCCACCUGCCGUCAGCAGAAGACGCCAAGAACCUGGAUGAUCGUGCCAUCAAAGACAAACUGCGCAAAAUCCUGAAGAGACUGGGCAAAUUAAAAUGCUCUAAAGAGGGCUGCAGUGCUGCGUUCACCAGCAUCAUGGGCUACGUUUACCACAUGAAGAAGUGCGGGAAGGAGGAGUCGGAGCUGGAGAAGAUGCUGCUCAACUGCUCUCACUGCGGGAAGACGUACAAGUCGAAGGCCGGUCUGGAGUACCACCUGAAGUCAGAGCACGCUCCUACUCCUGUGAAGAGUGAGGAAGACGAGGCUCUGAAGGCUCACAGAGAGGCGAACCCUGAGCGCACGGCGAGCGGUCGGGUGCAGCGAGUGUCCGCGCAGGUCGCUAACUUCCACCUCGCCGAGAUCGCCAACAACGAGCUGCCCAAAGACUGGCCCAAGAGGAAGUUCCAGUCCGACCUGGUGCCGGACGACAAGAAGUUGAAGUACGCCCGGCCCGGUCUGCCUGCCUUCAGUCAGGAGGUUCUGAGGAAGUGGAAGAAUGAGGUGAAGCUACAGAGGAAGGUCCAGUGUCCCAACCAGGGUUGUUGCUCCGUCUACACCAGUGUGUCCGGACUCAAAGCUCAUCUGGGACUCUGCAACAAGGGCGACUUUGAGGCUGGAAAGUACAGAUGUCUGAUCUGCAACAAAGAGUUUAACUCUGAAAGUGGAGUGAAGUACCACAUCAACUCUGUCCACUCUCAGGACUGGUUUGUGACGAACAAAAAAGCCUCCAAGAAGUUUGAGAAGUUCCUGAAGAACCAGCCCAAGGAGUUCAUCCAAAACGUGGACAAGCAGAUCGUAGACCAGUACCACCACCAUCACACACACCAUCAACACCAUCAACACCACCAACACCAGUUCCAGCAGCACCCAGAGCACCCUCAUCAGUCCAUGCAGCACCCUCUUCAGCCGCUGCAUCACCUCCAGCACCAGCACCACCUCCAGCACCAACAUCAACACCUGCACCCAGAGAACCAGCACCUCCAUCAGCAGGCGGAGCAGCCCACGCUCCACUACACCUCUCUGGAGCCUCCUCCUGGGUCCAUGUGGGUGGAGAUGGAGCGUAUUGGAGCCAUGCCGACACCGGAGCAGGCUCCUAUAGAGAUAGAGACGAUGGUGGAUGGAGGCAAAGGGGACGGCGGAGGAGGAGGAGGGAUGGUGGAGGGGAAACGGAGGAAGAAGGAGGAGGAGGAGGAGGUGGGGAUGGGUGACGGGAAGCAGAAGGAUUGCUUUGCUUUUGGAGGUGGAGGUGGAGGUAAUACUGUCAGCGAAUCAGAGGUGGAGCAGCAGGACAGGCGGAGAGACGUUGACCAGUGGAACCUGAAACGACCCGGCGUCAUGGAGACAAAUCCUGAGGCUGGGAAAGGACAGAGGAACACUUAAAAUAACACGUAACACUUAACAGAGGUGGAAACAGAGACCGUGGACACUUAAAAUAACACUUAACAGAGACCAUGGAGUGUCCCUCCGUCCUUUAUUAGCCGUGACGUAGAAGAAAACGAACCACAGGACAAACAAGGUGAGAAGGCAGCUGGUGAUUUAACGUUUUUAAAAAGUGGAGGAAAUGAUGGAAACCGUCACAACAUCCUAACAUGGAUAAAUGAGACACUUCUAGUUCAGAGGCUGUGGUGAAGUGGUCGUCAUUGUAUAGACAACUGUAGUAUAUCUGUGUUUAUCUGUAAUAGAUUAUUUUCUGCAACUCUAAACGUGUCCUAUUCUUUUGAUAAACCUGUCUCUCAUAUUUACCUUAAAGGGAAACAUUAAGAGAGGCUGCUAACAGGAUUUUAAUAGACUCUGAAAAUAUAAAUAAUAUUUUGUGCCUCUUAUGAUUUGUAUAACUUCAUACUAUACUCAUCUUUACUUUUACUUACAACUUAUUAGCCUUUUCUGGGCGUAGUGAAGGUAGAAGUGUCACUUGUUCUGGUAUAAUUGGAUAGCAAAAGGAUUCCCCUCACCAUGCUCCUUCCUCUAAUAUGUUUUCAUCAGUAGGCUUGAUUUUAUUGACAGGGAAAAGUUCAUGUCUAGCAUCAAGAAGCCGUUUUGAAACUAAGACUGUUUGCAGCUCCUUGUCCAGUUAUAAUAGUUAAAGCAGGAAAAUCAAGGAAGCAAAUGCAAAAAAAGUAAAGACUUGAGAAAAUUCAAACCACUCUUUUGGAGUACAGAACAAUAUCAAAACAUGACAAAUUACUUUCAUUUUAUUCCCAUGUGUAUGGAAGUCCUUAGAAGCAAAUGUGAGUCAAACAAAGACUAGUCCUUUUUAAAGCAGCUCCUGUCAGCCACCUCUCGAUAUCACACCCCUAACACUCUCAAUAUCUACUUUCCAAAACACAGGAAACAACAAUAUAGGUUUGUCAAGAAGGUAAAAUACUUGAUGGGAUUACUUCGAGUUUAAAUCUGCCCCAAACAGACAAUAGUUUUUUAGUUGUGUUUCUGUAGUCUUUUAAAGGAUGUGGAACACUCUCCAUUUCUUUUGAGUUAGCUAUAACACAAAUCUAACCUAAAGGAAGAUCCAAACCACUCUGGUUGAGUACAGAACAACAGCAAGAAAAGACAAAUUGCUUUAAAUGUAUUCCCAUUUGUAUGGAAGUCUUUAAAAGUAAAUGUGAUAUAAAAUAAUCUGAUGCCCAAAAUGUUGGACUAGUCCUUUAAAAUGUCAGCCUAUAUCAGGAUAUCACACCCCUAACACUCUCAAUAUCUACUUUCCAAAACACAGGAAACAACAAUAUAGGUUUGUCAAGAAGGUAAAAUACUUGAUGUGAUUAUUUGCAGUUUAAAUCUGCCCAAAACAGCCAAUAUGUGUGAGUUGUUUUAGUCUUUUAAAGGAUGUGGAACACUCCGAAUCCAUUUCUUUUGAGUUAGCUAUAACACAAAUCUAAACUAAAAGUAUAUUUUACCAGUUUUUCUAAGAAACUAGUGACAUAUUUUCACUUUCCUCAGCAUAUGUAGCUCUGUUUAACAUACAUAUAAUGACAACUGCUCUGGAACUAGUGAGUGAGACCUUUUAUUAAGAUGUUUUUUGUAUCCAACUAUGUUUUCCAUGAUAUUAAUGAUUCUAACUUAGGUUUUUAAAUCAGUUUGAAACAUUCCAGUCAUGAGUUUAUCAGUAGUGAAAAUUGAAUUAAAGCACAUAAAUAUAAUUGGUUCUAAUUGGCUGUUAACAAAACAACAGCCAAUAAAUGUGACUGACAGUAACUAUGACGAAGGAAAGCUAACACACAAAGCAUUUAACACGGAGGGCGACUGUUUGUCUUUCUGUUUAUUUAGAGACAGAAUAUAUAACCGAUAGCAUGUAGCUUAAUGUUCAUACUUAUGCAUUUUGUAUCUACUACAGUGAGUUAUGGAUGGUUGUCAGUCAUACGUUGGUGUCGUCUUAACAAUAUUUGUUUUUUACAACUUAAAAGCAUUUAUGAAUGUAUUAAUUUCCCCCCUGUGUUGUGCACUUCUUAAACCACUUUCCUUCCUUUAAGAAAAAGGAAAAUUGGUUUAUCAUCCAUGAUUAGAUUCCUAUAUUUACUGAUUCUGGUUAUAGUGCUUUACCCGUCAUUAACUUUCAUCAGAUGCCUUUUGGAUGAGUUUUAAACGGAAAACCUCCUUGGACAUGGGAAGCAUUUCAAAAAGCAGGUCAGGCAGUGGUGGAGAACAUGCAAAUAUCUAUUUAGGACAAUUUCAUUCUCACUAUAAUGUCUAUUUACUUAAAAAGCAAGUGAUGAAAACGCUUUGUUAAUAGAAUAAAUGUUUAUUUUGUUGUUCCUUUUGCCUUUGGUGCUAGCAUGUUGCAGCAUUUAAAAAUACUUUUUGAUUUACUAAGUUUUUGAUGAAGUUUAAAUUAGCUGCUUUUAGUCUUUGUUUAGACACUGUAUGUCUAGUUAUUAUUUAAAAUAAUUAUAAUGGUGUAAUACUCAUCAGUUUAAUUCAUUAACUAAGUCAUUGGAUUUCAACUGUAUGGCUUGUAACCCCUUGAAAUGAAUGGUAUCUUCUUGCAACCCAUCGUCAGUGGUUGCAUGUUAAGGAUGCAGCUAACGAUUAUUUUCAGUCUUUGAAUAUUAGAAAAUUGUGGAAAACAUCCAUCCUAUUUUCUCAAAGUCUAAGGGGAUGUCUUGAAUCUUCAGUCCAGAAUCUAAAUAUAUCCAGUUUGAUGGGAUAUAAAAUAGAAAAUCAUGAACAAUCCACAUUUAAAAACGCAGAAAACAACAUUUUAUACAAUUUUUACUUUUCAGACGUAAGGUUAAACUCUCCUUGCUUUUGAAAUACUUCCCAUGUCCUCUUAUGCUUGUGACCAAAUCGUUAUCACUAUGUGCGCACUUUGAACAGUUUGAUAGCACGAAGGGAAGGAGCUCUUACAAGUGACCUGCUUUGUUAUCAAGAAAAAGUCAAAGCAUUAAUAUGUUAGGGCAAUUUCGUUCCAGUAAUUCAAGAAGUGAAACUCCAUAUUUCAUGUUUUCCCGGUCAUUUGCACUUUUUGUCUCACUGCUCACUACAGUCUCAUCCUUUCAUCUUAAUGCUGGAGUACAUGACUUGAAUCCAGAUUAAUUCAAAAAUAGUACGCCUGUAUUGUUAAAUGUUUUGUAUUUUAGUGCCAAGAGAGGAGCUGUCAUACUGUAGGCAAUAUAAACCAAAACGAUUACAUUAUGAAAUGUAUUUUUUUGUAUUUAAUAGAGAGGACUAGUGAGAGGCAUUCAAUAUCAUUCUAGUUUUAAAAAAUGGUGUUAACUGUGCAGUAGAGAAGCUCUGUGAAUUAAUGAAACAUUAAGAAAAUAAUGACAAUGUAUCCUAAUGUUUUUAGCCUCAUCCAUACAGACAAUAAUACAGUUUAUAUUACCUUGAUCAUAUUUGAAUAACUGUUCAGUUAAUAAUCUUGUAUUAUUUGUAAACACACAAAGAAAGCACUUAAUUUGUCCAUGUGUAAUUAGUUAUAACCUCAGUGUUAUAAAUCUGUACAUUUAAAAUGUUACUACUUGUUUUUUAGAAGUUACGUGCUGCUAUUCCGUAGUACCAGCAUUGUUAUAACCACAGAUGAUUAAAAGUUUAAUUAAUGGUC